AUGAGAUACGCAAUUAUUUCACACAAUAUUGAUUUUGUUACAUUCUUGAUGAAUGAACACAAUUUAAAGAUCGAUUUAAUGAAAUGUGGAAAAUAUAAAAAUCUUGAAUCAUUUUUAGUUUAUUUUGAUCAAACUAAUGAUAUUGACAAAUGUUUUGUUGAUUCUGCCAUGUUUAAUAUUACAUCCCUUUGCAAAUAUUUCCUUUCAAAUGGUGCAAAAAUCAAUGAAGUAUAUGAAUUUGGAAAAACGGCUCUUCAUUAUUCAGCAGAAAUAAAUGGUAUAGAAACAGCCGAACUUCUUAUUUCGCACCGCGCAAAUAUCAAUGAAAAAGAUCACUCUGGAAAAAUCGCUCUUCAUUAUGCAGCACGUUAUAAUUAUAAAGAAACAGUCGAAUUUCUUAUUUCACAUGGCACAAAUAUCAAUGCAAAAGAUAGAUAUGGGAAAACAGAUCUUCAAUAUGCAACAAUUAAUAAUAAUAAUAAAGAAUUUGUCGAACUUCUUAUUUCACAUGGUGCAAAUAUUAAUGAAAAAGAUAAAGUUGGAGAAACCGCACCUCAUAUGACAACAAUGGCAAAUAUCGAUGAAAAAGAUCAAUAUGGAAACACCCUCCUUUAUAAUGCAUCAUGUAAAAAUAAAAUAGAAACAGCUGAAUUUCUUAUUUCGCAUAAUCCAAAUAUCAAUGAAAAAGAUAAAAAUAAGAAGAUUAAAUCUACAUGUUGUAACAUAUAA